GCCCCGCGUUUAGGUACUUAGGACCCCUCGGAGCCUUUCAACUUUGACUCACGCGAAAUUUUGGCGGGGUCAUUUUUGGUUUCCUACAUCGUCUCGAGAUUUGAUUGAUAUUAGAAGUUAUUCAUACUUCCCUCAGCCCCUCAGCAGACUACAGUCCCGGAGGGCUGUCGCGCUUCGCCAAGAUGAGCAUUAGUUUCCCCAAGACAGAAGAAGAAACCGUGCAAUUCUGGCGAGAGGUCGAUGCGUUUCAAACUCAAUUAAAGCUCACCGAAGGCCAGAAGCGCUUCACCUUCUACGAUGGCCCGCCAUUUGCAACUGGUCUUCCUCAUUAUGGCCACCUUCUAACCUCCACCAUCAAGGAUAUUAUUCCUCGAUAUUGGUCUAUGAAGGGAUAUCAUGUCGUUCGUCGUUUUGGUUGGGAUACGCACGGCCUCCCUAUCGAAUAUGAAAUCGACAAGACCUUAGGUGUAUCCGGCAGAGACGCCGUCUUAAAAAUGGGCAUAGAAAAGUAUAAUGCUGAAUGCAGAGCUAUUGUGAUGAGGUAUGCGGGGGAAUGGAGGCAGAUCAUCGAGAGACUGGGUCGCUGGAUAGAUUUCGACAAUGACUACAAGUCUAUGGACGUCAACUUUAUGGAAUCUUGCUGGUGGGUCUUUAAGCAGCUUCACGAUAAGGACCAGGUCUACCGCGCAUAUCAGAUCAUGCCCUUCUCUACCGCACUCUGCACCCCGUUAAGCCAUAUGGAAUCCAAGCAAAACGAGAAGACGACACAAGAUCCGGCAGUUUUGAUCGCCUUUCCCGUGAAAGGCAGGGACUCGUCUUUAGUCAUCUACACCACGACGCCAUGGACACUACCUUCUAACCUCCUUAUUGCUGUUCAUCCCGACUUCGAAUACGUUGAAAUUCUUGACGAGGACUCUGGCAAACAAUAUAUCCUUCUUGAAAGCGGAAUUUCUAUGCUGUACAAGGAGAAGAAAAAGGCAAAAUAUAAGAUCGUCGGCAAGCUUAAGGGCAAAGAUAUGAUCGGUUGGAAGUACGAACCGUUAUUCCGUUACUUCGCCGACCAAUUCGCCGAUUGUUUCCAAGUCAUAGGCGCCGACUACGUCGAAGCCGACGAGGGUACCGGUCUCGUGCACCAGGCUCCCGCUUUCGGCCAAGAAGAUUACGACGCUGCGGUCGCUGCCGGCUUUAUCAGUCCAAAGCGCUUACCCCCGUGCCCUGUAGAUGAUAAGGGUCUCUUUACCGCUGAGGUAGCCGAUUAUGCUGGCCAGCACGUGAAAACUGCCGACAAGGCUAUUGUCAAGGAUCUGAAGGAGACUGGCCGACUACUGCUCGCAACUCAAGUGUCCCACGUAGACAAGUUCUGCUGGCGUUCCGACACACAGCUCAUCAGGAAAGCGGUGUCUUCUUGGUUUAUUCGGGUCACCAACUCUAUACCUGAUAUGCUCAAUAAUCUUGAGUCGACUACCUGGGUCCCUUCCUUCGUUAAAGAAAAGCGGUUCACGAACUGGGUCGCGAACGCACAUGACUGGAAUAUUGCCCGGAAUCGGUAUUGGGGUACGCCAAUCCCAUUAUGGGUCAGCGAGGAUUACGAGGAAGUUGUCUGCGUAGGAAGCAUUGCCGAGCUCAAAGAGCUGAGUGGGUAUACCGGCUCGCUAGAUGACAUCCACCGAGACAAGAUUGAUGGGAUCACAAUUCCUUCCAAGAAAGGAAAGGGACAGCUACGCCGUAUUGACGAAGUUUUCGAUUGCUGGUUCGAGUCAGGCAGCAUGCCGUACGCCUCUAACCAUUUCCCCUUUGAGAAUUCCGAAGAGUUUCAUAACGGAAACUUCCCAGCUGAUUUCAUCGCCGAGGGACUCGACCAAACCCGUGGCUGGUUUUACACGUUGAGCGUUCUAGGAAAUAAGCUUUUUGGCGUCUCGCCAUUUCGCGCAGUUAUUGUAAAUGGCUUGGUUUUGGCGGAAGACGGCAAGAAGAUGUCCAAGAGCUUAAAGAACUACCCGGACCCCAAAACUGUUAUUGAUCAGUAUGGCUCUGAUGCCCUACGCCUCUACCUCAUCAACUCUCCCGUCGUCCGCGGCGAGCCUUUGCGCUUCAAGGAAUCAGGAGUUAAGGAGGUGGUGGCGAAGGUGUUACUGCCUCUCUGGAACAGCUACCGCUUCUUUUACGAACAGGCAGUCCUGUUCAAGAAGACAACCGGCAACGACUUCGUCGCUCAGUUACCAGAAACAACCAAUGUUAUGGACCGAUGGAUUCUUGCAGAUUGCCAGAGCAUGUUGCAGUUUAUUGAUCAAGAGAUGGCCGGCUAUCGUCUAUAUACCGUCGUACCGCGUCUACUUCUAGUUAUUGACAACUUAACGAAUUGGUACAUUCGCUUCAACCGGAAGAGGCUCAAGGGCGCUGCUGGCUUGGAUGUUAAGGACACCAAGGCAGCACUGGAUACGCUAUGCCAAGUGCUAUUCACUUUGGUUCGGGCUUUGGCACCUUUCACGCCCUUCAUUACUGAGCACAUCUACCGCCUCCUACAGCCGUACCUUGGCAACGCUCUUGCGGAUUAUCCCAACUCUAAAAGUGUACAUUUCCUUGCGUUCCCGACUGCGCAAGAGUCACUCUUCGACGAGGUGAUCCAAAGAAAGGUCUCUGCCAUGCAAAAAGUUAUCCAGCUGGCAAGGACUGCGAGAGAGCGUAAAAAUAUCCAAUUGAAGACCCCCUUGCUCACCCUCGUAGUUAUUGCCGACGAACAGCAACUCAGCGACAUCGAGGAGCUGCAAACUUAUGUCAAGGAGGAGCUCAAUAUCCGAGACGUGAUCCUGACAAACGACGAGGAACGAUACGGUAUUAAUCUCGAGGCGAAGGUUGAUUGGCCGACUCUGGGCAAAAAGCUGAAGCGCGACGCCCAGGUCGUCCGCAAAGCGCUGCCAGACCUAACGCAGGAGCAGCUUAGACAAUAUCUAAAAGAGAAGAAGAUAACCAUCAAGGGUAUUGAGCUUGAGGGGAACGAUAUCAAUAUCGUGCGGGUCGUAGCUAAGGAUAACCCUAAUAUCGUAAAAGAUGAAGGGGUACAAUACGAACCAGCCUUCUUGGAAGAUAUGAUCAUUCUCUUAGACACGGCAUCGCACCCGGAGCUCAUCGACGACGGAAUCGCCCGAGAUGUCAUGACCCGUGUGCAGAAAAUGCGGAAGACGGCCGGACUGGUUCCAACUGAUGACGUCCGCAUGCAGUAUAGCGUUGUUUCGAAUCCCGACGAUAUUCAAUUCGAGACGUUGGUAUCCUCCCGGCGAUCUCAGUUUGAAAGUACCGUACGUGGGCCAUUGGAGCCUAUUGCGUCCGAAGGGGCGGCGGAAACUGUCAUACUAGAGGAGGAGCACGUUAUUAGCAACCUAACCCUAUUGCUAAGGUUGUGUCGGCUUUAAUUAGACUAGAUAGUGAGACUAUAGAAUCAGCUGGGCUACGUGACCCCAGAAAUUGAUGAAAUAGAACAAAACAAAAAGGUUGACCUCAAGAGCCCACGGACACAUUUC